AUGGACCCGGAGACAAGCCCACAAGGCCCGAGCACCGGCGGCAGCAGCGGGCCCGGAAACGGGAGUACCACCGCCGCCGCGGCCGCGAAGCGCUCUCGCGUGCUCCUCUCCUGCGGUCCCUGCCGCGCCUCCAAGCUGAAGUGCGACCGCUCCGAGCCCUGCGGCCAGUGCCUCAAGAAGUCCCGCCCCGAGGGCUGCGUCUACGCCCCAAAGCCCGAGAAGCAGAAGCCGACCAAGGGCAUGGCGGCGCGGCUGAAGCGGCUGGAGGGCAUGGUCCGGACCAUGAUGGACGAUGGCGGUUCUCUCCCGUCAGCUGCUCCGGCGCCAGUGCCGAAGGACGAAAAUGUCGCGCAGCCUGGCGGCCAGAUCGUGCAGGGGGAGAGGGGGACGACGUAUGUUGGGGCCACGCAUUUCAUGGCGAUUCUUGAGGAUAUCGAGGAUAUGAAGAGUUACUUCGAGGAGCCGGAGAUUGACGAGGACUGGGGGAAUGAUAGCCCCGAGCAACCUGACGAACUUGAGUCGCCUGAUGUCCUCCUGUACUCGAAGAAUAUGCCCCGCAAUCGCGAAGAGUUGAUGAGACUCGUCCCAGAGAAGAAAGUCGUCGAUCGUCUCGUCAUGAGAUACUUCUCAUCCAACAGCCCCUCACAACAUAUCGUCCACAGACCAACCUUUGUAAAGCAAUACGCCGAGUUCUGGAAGAGCCCCUCAGACGUCUCCAUCCACUGGCUCGCCCUGCUCUUCAUGAUCAUGUCCCUGGGCGUCUUCUACUCGACCUUCCUCGCCCCGCACGAGCUCACCGGCGACUCCCCGCUGCCGCCCAUGGACCGCUUCAAGACCUUCCGCGCCGCCGCCGCCUGGUGCCUCGUCUCGGGCAAGUACACCCAGCCCUCCAUCGCCACCAUCCCGCCCUUCAUCCUCUACGUCGAGGCCGAGUUCAUCAUCUCCCGCGCCGCCCAGAUGAACUGCUACGUCCUCUCCUCCGUCUGCUUCCGCCUCCUCCUCAAGAUGGGCCUCCACCGCGAGCCCUCCAAGCUCGCCAACGUCUCCGCCUUUGACGGCGAGAUGCGCCGCCGCAUGUGGAACAUGGCCGUCCAGCUCGACCUCCUCGUCUCCUUCCACAUGGGCCUCCCCAGCAUGCUCAACGGCAUCGACUGCGACGUCGAGCUGCCCCGCAACCUCGUCGACGAGGACUUCUCCCCCGACACCCCCGAGCUGCCCCCCGCGCGGCCCAUGACCGACUACACCGAGAUGACGUACCCCAUCAUCAAGUCCGGGCUGAUGAGGGUCUUCGGCCAGGUCGCGCGGCAGGCGCACCUGCUGACGCCGCCGCCGUACGCCGAGGUGAUGCGCCUCGACGCGCUGCUGCACGAGGCCUGGGCCCGGAUCCCGCCGUUCAUGAUGGUGAAGCCGCUCGAGCAGUGCGUGACGACGCCGCCGAUGCAGGUGAUCCAGCGGUUCGGGCUGGCGUCGCUGUACAACAAGGCGCGGUGCGUGCUGCACCGGCGGUUCCUGCUGGAGCCCGCGGCGAGGACGGAGCACGACUACUCGCGGCGGCAGUGCGUCGAGGGCGCCAUGAUCCAGCUCGAGUUCCAGAACACCAUCUGGCACGCGUGCCAGCCGGGCAACAUGCUCUCGCAGAACGGGUGGUUCGUCUCGUCGCUCGCGGUCCACGACUUUCUGCUGGCGGCGAUCAUCAUCUACCUGUCCGUUGGCAACGACGAGUUCUGGGACGGCGCCCACGAGCAUGAAUGGAUGGACAAGAUGGACCCGCGGCCGACGAGGGAGCACUUGCUCCAAAUGCUGCAGCGGUCGUACGGCGUCUGGGUCAGCAUCGCCCGGGAGGUGCCCGAGAUCAAGAAGACGGCGGAGAUACUGGAGACGAUGCUGAACAAGCUCGGAUCGCCGCCCAACUCGCCGCCAAAGGAUGACGGGGUGCCGGCGCCGGCUUCGGUGCGGCGCGGUGAGGGGGCAUCAGAGACAAUGUCGAGCCACGACACGCAGCUUCUCACAAAUCUUUCCAUUAACGGCAAGAUAGUCCCCAACGGUCUGGUGUGCGACGGCAUCGCUGACAGCAUCACAGAUACGACGUCAUUCCCCUCGAACGUCACGAACCAGUUAGCGAACCACUUCCAGCCUCUGGACCUUGUCGGCCCGAACUUGGGAUCGAGCGACAACGGGCUCGACCGUGGGUGGAUCGAGGUCAGCAACGAAAUGGACUGGCGCUACUUUGAUAACAUCAUGGGACAAACCAACAACGACCCCAUUGGCGACUUCGAGGCCGUUCAGCCGGCGUGGUUUGACCGCGGACCGAUGCCGAACGACUUCGACUUCUCGGCACCCGGGACAUGGGAGCCGAACCUGGGACAACAAGGUUGA